AACAUGCAUGGCUCGCGUUCCAUUUACAGGUGCUUGCAAUUCCCGGCAACUCUUGAAAAGCUUCAGAGAAAAGGUGCCACUGUGACCUGUUGACGGCCGGUCUCCCUGAGGUUUCUGAAGUUGGGGAAACCUUUACGUAUGAAUUAAUGCACUUCUUGUUAUCAUAAUAAUGCGUCAGUGAGUCUAUAGGUAUUGUUCAAUAAGAGGUGUGAAGAAACGGACCGCACUGAACAAUUGCUGUAUCGUGUGGGGACUUCAGUCGCAUUGUGUUUGCAUAGCACCUGUGCAGUACAGUGUGUGCUAACUUAAAAAGUUGUUAUUCCAAGUAGCCAUUCCAACGAGUGGUCAUCGUAAAUAGGCCAGUAAUAGAGGGUCUACUAUAUAUCGGGUCUGAAGCCACAGUAGUAUACUCGCAAGGAAAGCUCUACUAUUGCAAACGAGAGGUGGACCUACAAGACAGUCAGCAUGGAGAAUACAACAGGUGUCAUGAACGUGUCUACAGAUGCAGUGGAUAUGUCAGCUGAUUCGGAGGAAUCCAACUGCACAUUCACAGUGCCCAGCGCCGGAGAAAUGUUCUUAUUGCACACAUCUGAACCCUGGUCCACGGCAGUCCUCAUCGUUGUGUCCAUCUUGAGCUUUCUGACUUGCUUGUUGUUCAUCGAGACUGCGUACAGUGCAACGCGCUCCCUGGAGUACGGCACACGGCGAGGCUACACCAUGUUCAUCCUUGGUCUCGUACCGGUUUUUAGCGUGACGUCAUUGACGGGUAUCUAUAUCCCCAAGGCGGCUCUAGUGGGAAUCUGGGCAGCAAGCGUGUAUCUCUCUGUUUCGCUGUACAUCUUCCUGAUGCUUAUCUUCAACUACUUCGGAGGUCCGGACGAGAUGGUGGCCAAGUUGGCCAAGACCAAGAUCAGUCUGUCCCAGCCUCCGCUGGCGUGCUGCUGUCCCUGCUGCUGCCGGAAGAUCUGGCUGACAACGACCAACUUGCAUCGUCUUCGUGUGGCCGUGCUGCAGAUGGCCGUCGUGUACCCAUUGACGUAUUUCAUCACAGCCAUCUUGUGGGCUGAUGGCCUAUACAAUCCCGCACAGUUGGACCCCUCAUCCGCUUACCUGUAUCUCACGGUGCUCAUGAUCGCGUCCACACUGACGGCCAUGUAUGCAUUGACUAUCAUCAACGUGGCCGCCGAUGCCAGCCUAGCCGCCAUGUACGGAACGUUCCGUCUCCGAUUCUCCCUGCUCAAGUUCUUCAUGAUCGUCCCCAGUCUUCAGGGGCUGGUCAUCUCCAUCGUUUCCCAGGUUGUGAACUUUUCGUGUGAGGGCGUCCUAGCGCCCAGUAUCAGGGCCAGCCUGUGGUACAACAUCCUGGUUGUCAUAGAGAUGUUCCUCCUGCUCCUGAUUGGCCGCUGCAGAGCCCUCUUCGACAAAUACCACGGGCCGUUACUGCAGGCCAAUCAGGCCGACUCUCUCAGCACCUCCCAGACGCGGUACCAGUACUCGGAGAUACGGGAGGUGGCGUCGCCCAUGCUGGACGCCGAGGGAAACAAGCCAGCCUUCCCUGCGCAUCUACUCGACGUGGAGAAGGCGCCGCUGGAUUGCAACCAAGGAAUGGUGGGGAUGAACGGCGCGGAGCUGCCAUCUCAGAGUCGGGUGCGCCAGACAGUCGAAAGUGAUGUUUGAAGGACACUUACAGAGUUUUUGGAAAUCUUUGGCUUUAGAAAAUGUAAGCCUCCGACUUAAAGAACUUUAGUCUCGGUCUCAGAUUGAUUUGAAUUUUGCCAGACAAGCAUGAAUAAGCU